AUGGGUUUUCUCUGCGGAGGUUGGUCUGGGUUCUUCCUCGAAGUGAUGUUGCUGUCCUUCCCAGUUGGAAAGGGGAAGGCUGAGGCUGGGGGCUUUGAAGAACCAUCGAACUGCAGGAUCCUCGAAUGCCCAUCUUACCAGGUUAUCCACUCCCAGCCAGAUCUAGAGAUCCGGAGCUACAGAAAGGCUACGUGGGUCGCCUCCCCUCCCAUAACCAGCUUCUCCUACACCAAGGCCUCUAAUGCCGGCUUUCUCGAGUAAGUCGCUCUCUCUCUCUCUCUCUCUCUCUCUCCCCCCCCCCUCUCACUCUUACUCACUCUAACGACGAGUAAUGCGAAAUGCGCAGGCUUUCGGCAUAUAUUCAGGGGUGGAACGACCAAGUAGCGAAAGUGGAAAUGACGGCACCGGUUCUCGUCGAUGUCACGCCGUCAACGGGGGGCCUCUGCAACUCGACUUUCGUGGUGAGGUUCUACAUGCCGCAGAAGUACCAGAACGCUCCCCCGUCAUCACCAAAAGUAGACCCCGAGACCUGGCCAGGGCCGCACUACGCCGCCGUGAGGCGCUUCGGGGGGUUCCUGAAUGACGUCGACAUUCCCGCAGAAGCGGCGGCGCUGAGGAACAGCCUCCGCGGCAGCCCCUGGAAGGCCGCCACCGCAAGCGAGGGAGGUGCGGGCACGUCCACGUACACCGUCGCCGGCUACAAUUCCCCCUUCGAGCUCAUCGGCCGCGUGAAUGAAGUAAUGUUCCUGUUCUGA